AUGCCCCUCACCAACACACCCACAGCCUCACCUCGCUCCGCCGUCGAAGCCGCCCUCGACCUCUUCUUCCGCGCGCGCCACGACCCCUCAAUACCACUUUCCGCCUGGGAUGACCUCUUCGACACCUUUGAUGAGCAACAACGUGAGCAGCUCGAGGAUGCAACGCAUGUACCUUAUCCUAACCUCGUUGGGUUUGUGAGGUGGCAGGUGGAGAAGGCGGAGAGGAGGGACAAGGAGCUUGACAGGAGGGAGAAGGAGGAUGAGAGGAGGGAGAAGGAGGAUGAGCGGAGAGAGGAGGAGGAUGAGAGGAGGGGGGAGGAGGAUGAGAGGAGGGAGAGGGAGGUGAGGGAGGAGGAGGAGGCUAGAGCGAUGUCGGAGAAGGAAGGGAACUGA